UGAGGAAAAAGAAGUCAAAAAAGAAGGGCUCCGAUCCGUUGUAGCAACCAAGAAAAGUUAAGAAUAAACACAUUUGAUGGCCGUAAGGCCUCUCCAAUUCAUCGUCUAUCGCCACCACUGCUCCGCCGUCACCUCUCUCCUCCGCCACAUAGCCACCCGACCGCCGGUUGUGUCGUUCCCCAGAAAUAGUCAAAAAAUACACCACUACCAACAGAGAGAAAAGCCACCGCAGGCGCAGCAGCAGCAGUUAUCCUCAAUCAGCCGCCGGCCCGCCGUGUCCGUGCCGGAAACCAUGGCGCAGAAGAUCGGGAAAGCCGUUAGGCGGCCUGGGGCCGCGUCGAAGGCGCGUGUGUACCAAAACAUCAAUGUCAUACGCCCUAAGGAGUACUGGGACUACGAGUCUUUAACUGUUCAAUGGGGGGAGCAGGACGAUUAUGAGGUGGUUAGGAAGGUGGGGAGGGGAAAAUAUAGCGAGGUUUUCGAGGGUAUUCACACCAUCACCAACGAGAAAUGCAUCAUCAAGAUUCUUAAACCUGUCAAGAAGAAAAAGAUCAAGAGGGAGAUUAAGAUUUUACAGAAUCUUUGUGGUGCCCCUAAUAUUGUGAAGUUGCUUGAUAUUGUAAGGGAUCAACAGUCAAAGACACCAAGUCUCAUAUUUGAGCAUGUGAAUAAUACAGACUUCAAAGUGCUAUAUCCCACACUUUCGGACUUUGAUAUUAGAUAUUAUAUCUAUGAACUUCUGAAGGCUUUAGAUUAUUGCCAUUCUCAAGGUAUCAUGCAUCGAGAUGUGAAGCCCCACAAUGUCAUGAUAGAUCAUGAGCAGCGUAAACUCCGGCUAAUAGAUUGGGGACUCGCUGAGUUUUACCAUCCUGGACAAGAGUAUAAUGUUCGUGUUGCUUCAAGAUACUUUAAGGGCCCUGAACUCCUUGUUGAUUUGCAAGACUAUGAUUACUCCUUGGACUUGUGGAGCCUGGGCUGUAUGUUUGCUGGAAUGAUAUUCCGCAAGGAGCCUUUCUUUUAUGGGCAUGAUAACUAUGAUCAACUUGUCAAGAUUGCGAAGGUAUUGGGUACAGAUGAGUUGAAUGCUUAUUUGAACAAGUACCAUUUGGAAUUGGACUCUCAUUUGGCUGCCCUUGUUGGAAGGCAUAGUCGAAAACCAUGGACAAAGUUUAUUAAUGCUGAUAAUCAACAUCUGGCUGUUCCCGAGGCAAUUGACUUUGUUGACAAAUUGUUGCGAUAUGAUCACCAAGAAAGGCCAACUGCGAAAGAAGCAAUGGCCCAUCCCUAUUUCUACCCAGUAAGGAAUGCAGAAAACCGCAGAAACCGUGGCCAAUAGGAUUCAGCAAGAUGACCUGAAAUUGUUGGUUCCUACUCAUUCUUGCUCUUUCUAGUAACCUCUUACACAACAUUUUUACAAUUGAUCUCACUAGUUCUGUUGUGCUUACCAUCUGAUUCAUCCACAUGUUUUUGGACUUCAGCAUGAACCCUCGUCUGUGUCAAGUAGGCUUAUAGGUAAGAGAUUAACAGUUCAGUCAUAUGCUUUAAAAUGAAGCAGAAAUUGAAAAGACACCAGAGGGCUGUAAAUUGAGGAGUGCCUUCGGAAGCCCAUAUCAGCCUUUGUAAUUCACUUUUUCUGUGUCAUCCUGUUUGUUGUUGUAGCUCAGAGUGGACGAAAAACAGUAACUCAAAAUCUUUAAAACAUGGUAAGUAGAUAUUGUAUGCAGGGGGGCCAUCAUGUGCAUCAUAGCCUUCAAAUUUUCCGACUGUUGGCUUGCCUUAAUUUCUUCUCUUGAUGCACACAGUGGCCGACUCAGCAGAAAAAGUCGGGUUUGGAAUUUAUAAGAUGGUAAAAUAUUUGCCAUGAUGACUAUAACUGUUCUUGGUUUUAUGACUGUGUGAUGGCUCUUUCAAUGGUAUUGUUGUUGUUCU